UUAUAAAUAUGAUGACGUCACAAAUGAAAAGUGUUUACUGCUUGACAGAAGACUCCAGUUUUUAGAUCAACCUCCACGUAUCAAUCAGCCAAACAUCUGGAUUUAUUAUUAUUUUGACAAAUAAAUAAAAACACAAUACAAUACAAAAUGUCAUCUGUAGAUUGGGAUGAAAUAAAACGUCUAGCAGCUGAUUUUCAAAAAGCCCAAUUAAGUUCAACACUACAAAAAUUAUCAGAGAGUAAUUGCAUUGAAAUAAUAUUAAAAUUAAUUGAGACAAAUUUACUUGAUGUUAUAUUUACUGCUGAUGGAAAAGAAUAUAUAACACCACAACAUCUUGAAAAAGAAAUACGUGAUGAAUUAUAUGUUUGUGGUGGACGUAUUAAUUUAGUUGAAUUAUCAAAAAUAUUAAAUGUUGAUUUAUCACAUGUUAAAUCAAUUGUAUCAAAUAUUGAAAAACAUAACAAAAAUAUUAAUAUUAUACUUGGACAAGUAAUUGAUAAUAAUUAUAAAAAAAAAAUAUCACUUGAAAUUAAUGAUAAAUUAAAUCAAAUUGGUUAUAUUAAUGUAACUGAAUUGACAUUACAAUAUGAUUUACCAACUGAAUUUAUACAAAAUCUUGUUGAAAAAGAACUUGGUAAUACAGUACAUGGAAAACAAGAUAAACAAGAUUCAAGAAUUUUUUAUACUGAAAAUUUUAUUGCUAAAAAUCGUGCUAAAAUUAGAGGUGCAUUAUCAGCAAUAACAAAACCUACACCAUUAACAGCAAUACUGGGACAAUGCAAUGUACCAGAAAGGAUAUUUUUUUCAAUACUUGACAAUUUACAUGGUGCAAUUGAAGUACCAGGUGUAAUAACUGGUAAACAUGGAAAUAAUGGUAUUUAUGUACCAUCAAUAUAUUCAAAAAGUCAGACAGAAUGGAUUGAUAAUUUUUACAAACAAAAUGGAUAUCUUGAAUAUGAUGCAUUAACUCGACUUGGUAUAUCUGAUUCGAAAAAUUAUAUAAAACGUCAUUUUCCUCAAGAUGAAUUGACAUUACUUGAUACAGUUGCUAUUGGGCCAUCAAUAAUUGAUCAAAUUGAUGCAAAUAUUGAAGAUGUCAUUGCAACAAAUUCAUUUAUUGAUAUAUAUCCACUUUUACCAUCAGUAUUUUCACCAGAAGAUAUCGAAACAAUAUUAAAAUAUAAACAAAAACAAAGUAAAUCGAUAUUUCAUAUAUUUUCAACAACAGUUAUUGUUUCUGAUGAAUAUUUAAAAAUAUUAAAUAAACCACUUGAAUCAAUUGCUGAAAUAAAAGCUAAAGAAUUUGUUGAUAAUGGUAAAUGGUUACAACAUAUUGCUGAUAAUAAAAUACGUAGUGGUUCAUCACGUAAUAUUGAAUCAAUAAAAAUUGAUAAAAAAGAUGAACGUAGAAAAAAAGCAUCAAGUGGUAAAGCUGGUGGUGGUGGACAAGGACGUGAAACUAAAACAAAAUCAACUAAAAAAAAAUAUUUACAUGGAAAAAAUAAUGAUUAUGAUUCAGAUGAUGAUAAUAAAUUAUCGAAAAAUAAUGAAAAAAAUGAGCUUAUAUUUGUAACAAUUGAUGAUUUAAAAAAAAAAUUAUUAAAUGAUGAUAAUUUAAAUGACAUUGAUGGUUUUGUUGAUGAAUUAUGUAUUUAUUAUCAGCCAAAAUUGAACAAAAUUGCUUAUUCAUUGGCUGAAAAAUUAGCACAAACAACAAAAACAAAUAAUUUAAGUGAAAUUGAAGAUAAAUUAAAUAUGUUAAUGACAAAUAUAAAAAUAUUUGAUAAAGGUAUCAAGUGUAUAUCAUCAAGCAAAGAUACACAAAUUGCAUUGACAAAAUAUUUAAUGAAAACAUUGGCUACUGAUUUUAUAAAUGAAUUAUUAAAAUUAGCUGCACAACAAAAUAUGAUACAAUUUCCAAAUAAUUUAACAACUGAAACACGUCAAAAAUUACUACAAGAAUUACCACAAGACGUUAAUGAGCCACUUGGUAAUGUACACAAAGCUAUUAUUAAAAAUUCAAUUGAUGAUUUUUUGGAUAGUGUUGAAAUGGCAUUGUCAAGUUGUUGUUUAGUUUAUCGUAAAUUUGAUAAAAAACGUGAAAAAUCAAAUGUUCUUGAGCAUAGACAAGCACUUAUUGAACAAUUAAAUCAAACUCAAGAUGUUGCACUUGCAUUACAUUUAACAACAAGUAUUUUAUUUACUGCUUCAACCCAAUGUGCCUUACACAUUUCGGGAAGACAUGUUUCAGCAAUUUUAACAUUUUUACAAAAACAUUUAGAUCCAACAAUUGUCACAAAGUUACUUCAUUUUCAUGACUUGGUACUUCAAUUGUUGAGUUCUGAUGAUGAAACAAUCAAAGAAACAGCUCGUUCAUCAUUAACUGAAGGACUUGAAGAACUCAAAAAUAUUGCAAAUGACUUUAAAAAAUAUGUUGUUACUGAAAAAUGUUAAUAUUCAUUUUAUAUAUUUAAGAAAAAAAAAUUUAUUGACUUAUUAUUAAAAAUAAUAUGGACUAUUUUGACAUUAAAAUAAAAAAAAUAUCUUAAAUUUUAUUAUUAUUAAUAACUUAUGUCAACAAAUACAUCA